AUUUCCUUGCUUCUUUGCUUCCAUUGAUAUGCAUUCCAGCAUUAUUGUCUCUCGGUGCUGGUUUGUUCAAGUGGAAAGACGACAAUUGGAAGCUCUCUCGAGGUGCUUAUAUGUUCAUAAUCAUUGUUCUUCUUCUUGUGCUUGGAGCCAUUUCAGCUAUUAUAGUUACAAUUAAACCCUGGAUGAUAGGGGCUGCAUUUCUUCUGGUGCUUCUCCUUCUUGUUCUAGCUAUUGGUGUUAUUCACUAUUGGGCGUCAAAUAACUUUUAUUUGACAAGGAUACAAAUGUUACUCAUUUGUUUUCUUGCAUUCCUUUUAGCUCUUGCAGCAUUUCUUGUUGGAUGGUUUCAGGACAAGGCUUUUGUUGGUUACUUCUCAUUUCUUUUUCUCGUAGCUGGAAGGGCAUUAAUAGUCCUUCUUUCACCUCCUAUAGUAGUCUACUCCCCAAGGGUGUUGCCUGUUUAUGUUUACGAUGCUCAUGCGGACUGUGGGAAAAAUGUCAGUGCUGCAUUUCUUGUGCUCUAUGGCAUUGCAUUGGCUAUUGAGGGCUGGGGUGUGGUUGCGAGUUUGCAAAUUUACCCGCCAUUUGCUGGUGCUGCUGUGUCAGCAAUUACACUCUCGUUGUGGCCUUUGGCUUUGCGGUCUCUCGUCCAUGUUUAACACUUGAGAUGGUGGAAGAUGCUGUUCAUUUUCUUAGCAAAGAAACCAUGGUCCAGGCAAUUGCUCGAUCUGCCACAAAGGUACGGCCAUUUUCUGUUACCGCUGCCAACACUUUCAUUCUAUAUUUUUGCUCCUUGGUUAUUAGUUAGUGUUUUUUGUUUCUAUUGUCGUUUAUGGUUUUAAUCCCAUCUGAAGGUGAUCCUUGUUUUCAAUUGGAAAUAAAGAACAGUUUGCCACUUAAAAGUUCAUCAACUUGUUUACCGGAAUUGUCCCACCUUAUUGCAUAAGAUUUGGAUGGGGAUGCCCCUAAACUGGCUUAAAAACAAUAUGGUGCUGUUAGAUUGAUGUACUAUUUGAACCUAAAUCAUGAAAAUAUUGGUGAUUUCUG